AUGUCUCUUGCUGGUAAACUCAGCAUUGAAAUUGGGGUUCAUGCAACUGCUGCAAAGUGGUUCAGUCUUUUCGCAACUCAACUCCAUCAUGUUCAAAACCUCACUGAUAGAGUCCAUGAAACAAAGUUGCAUCAUGGUGUAGACUGGCAUCACGAUGAGUCCAUCAAACACUGGACUUCUACCAUAGAUGGUAAGGUUACAACAUACCAUGAGAGUAUUGAAUCCGUUGAUGAGGCCAACAAAACAAUCUCGUACAAACUCUUCGGUGGAGAUUUCGAUCAAAAGUUUAAGGUCUUUAAGCUCAUAUUUCAAGCAAUUCAGAAGGAUGAAGGUGGUUCCAUCAUCAAAUGGACCAUUGAAUAUGAGACUACUAGUGAGGAAGUUGAUUCUCCAUUUGGCUUCCUCGAAUUCUUGCACAAAGGAAGCAAAGAUGUUGAUGGAAAUCUUCUCAAGGCAUAG